AUGUUGGUAACAUUCACCCCUAUUGUGAACACUACGCUCACGUACGACAACACGUUUGUGUGCAAUACCAGUACGACGAGUGCCAUCGCCAUCGACACCAUCGUGUCCUCCGGGUCUUACCGCACACCUGUCACCUGCAAUGGGCUCACUAUCGCCAACAGUAACAUCACAUUCAGUGGUGUCCAGCGAACCGACACUACAGUUACCAACAUUACUGUCGGACAAUACCUCGGAGUCAACACAUAUACUAACGACAAAUUACGGGAACCCCAUGCGGGAAAGACCUGGGUGGUAUUAGCUGCCAGCUCAUCAGGCUGGGAGAACUAUGGCAUGGAGGCGGACGUAUACCACGCCUACCAAGUGGUUCGUCAACACGGAAUACCCGACGAAAACAUAGUUGUCAUGCAUUACGACGAUAUUGCUCACCAUAAGAGUAACCCCACACCCGGUGUGGUCAUCAACCGAGUCGGCGGUAAAGAUGUCUAUAAAACACCGUAUGAAGUGCCCAAACACUACAUCGGCAAAGAUGUCAACCCUGAGAACUUCUUGGGUAUUCUUAAAGGUGACGAAAAAUUAGAGAAAGCGGGCAAAAAGGUAGUUAAGAGUGGACCCAACGAUCGUAUAUUUGUCUACUUAGAUGACCAUGGUGGUGAUGAGGUCGUAUUUUUCCCAACGACUACAUUGCACGCUAAGGAUCUGAAUAAUGUGCUCAUUGACAUGCAUAAAGAAAACAAAUUCUCCCAGCUAGUAUUUUAUCUGGCUGCUUGCGAAGCUGCAACAUUGCCUGGUGAAUUAGGUUGGAAAGCCGAAAGUGACCAUACUAACCUUAACACAUACCUAGGUGACAAAAAGGUGCCAGUGAAUAGCAAUCAUGUGCCAUAUAAACCUAGUGGUAUGGCACCAAUUCGUGACUCAGAGUUGUACCGUUUGCAGCAUAAAAUUAAGAUCACAAAUGACAUUGAUGAAAAGUUACAAUACGUGCAGCAAUUGAAGGGCUUAUUAAGCGCGAGACAAUUGUUGGACAAACAGAUCGAGGAAUACGUGAAUGAAUUGCCGGGAAUUGACGCCAAUAUCGCAUUGAAUGGCAAACUAGAGCUCAAUAAUAGGGACUGUUAUAAGAAACUUGUCGACACUUUCAAUGAGAAGUGUUAUGUGUUUAGUAGAAACACAUACGCUAUUAAUAAGCUUGCCGUAUUUUUUGCGGUUAUCUGGCUCGAUGAUAGCGAACACAACGAUUUGACCAAGGAACUUAUCUCGACCCAAUACGAGUACAUUAAAAUACAUAAUAAUUUCACCAUGCACCAACAAAUUCAUAGUCACCACGCUCAACAAUACGGCGAUUUAUCUAUUGCCACUAAACAGCCUGUAUCUAAUUAUAUGGGUGACAAAAAGGUGCCAGUUAAUAGCAAUCAUGUGCCAUAUAAACCUAGUGGUAUGGCACCAAUUCGUGACUCAGAGUUAUACCGUUUGCAGCAUAAAAUUAAGAUCACAAAUGACAUUGAUGAAAAGUUACAAUACGUGCAGCAAUUGAAGGGUUUAUUAAACGCGAGACAAUUGUUGGACAAACAGAUCGAGGAAUACGUGAAUGAAUUGCCGGGAAUUGACUCCAAUAUCGCAUUGAAUGGCAAACUAGAGCUCAAUAAUAGGGACUGUUAUAAGAAACUUGUCGACACUUUCAAUGAUAACUGUUAUGUGUUUAGUAGAGUAAGUGUUAUAUAA